UGUUGAUGUCACAUGGAUAAGUCUGUAAGCGGCCGUCAUGGCCGCGAUUGAACGGAAUCGCGGAUGAGACGUAACAGUUUUAGAGCAGUGUUCGAGAGAACGUGGGCCAAAAUUUACCAGAUGGUUAUGUCUACGGAUUUACCCUCAGGUGGAAACAUGGAUCAAACUCAAGUGAAAUCUGACGUGCCUUUUGUUGGAAACAAACCGCCGACAUCCUCCUCGAGCGCCCGAUCCGAACGGCAAUUUACGCGGGUCUUGCGCUCGAAAUCGUCCACUGCUGUGAAAAAUACCAACAGCAACAUCGACAUACAGAAGGAAGAGCCUCAAGAAACCGGCAGUAUUCCGUUAUCGAAGUUACCGGAGGCAGAAGUCAGUAACGAUUAUUCCAACCACAAAACCGACGCGAGCCAAGCAGCUCACUUACGUCAGCUUUUACUGCUGCACUUAGAACUCAUUCAACAGCAGCAAGAAGAAAUACAGAAAAAAGAUAAGGAGAUUAAUCAGCUUAAAUUGGACAAAGAACAGGUACGGGAAGGGUUAGGGCCAUCUUCAUGGCUUCGGGAGUUUUAAGUUUUACUUUCUUCAAGGGUAAUAUUUUCCCUGUUGCAUGAAAACACUCGGACAGAGACGCAUUAAUUUAAUUCUGAGAGGUCAGCGGCGGCACCCUUGAAAAUUCAAACAUGGCGCCUAUUAUUGAUCACAUGGCAUAAAUUACGUUCUAAUGUAUUCGUAUUUUACCAAAUGGCGAUUUUAAACUCCCUCUCUUUAUUUUGGGGUGUAUUUAUGUUUGAGAAGUCUUGUAAACAUUUGCAGACCAAAAACCAGAAUCCAAGUGGAUACAAAAAGACAAUUUUCAACAUUUCAUCCAAAAUUAAAAACUUCCCCAAAUUCUUUCCAUGAUUUUGUAACAGUUAAAGCCAUAACAAGGCAGUGAUUUACUUUCCCUUGCCUAUUUUUUAACUUCUUUGAAGUGCUCAGAGCUUUGAACUGAAUCAAGGUCUCGGUCUGAGAUUUCCUUGUAAUGACCUCACUCUCGGUUAGUGAGUAGUACAUAAUCAAAUGGCAUAUAAUUAUAUUGUGAGUUCUUGAUAAAUUUUUGCCAUCAAGGCAAGAAUUGCAUGUUAUGACAGUCCCAUAAAUGUGAAUAGGAUUCAGUUUCGUCAACAAGAGAUCUUUAUUUUACAGUUGUGAGCCUUUGAGUAGGCGUAAGGCUGAGGUUGACCUUGUCUUGAUACAAACCUCUUUCCUUUUCUUAUGGAAAUUAUGCUUAAAAAAUGCCUGUUAGCACAAGGACGACAUGAUUUACAAAAUAAUGUAGUUUCCACCUGUAACUGUAAAAAAUGGACUUUUAAAAUGAGGUGUCUUUUAAUGAAUGUUGCUUUUAAAUUUGUAGCUUACAAACUGACAAACAUACAUUGGAAGGGUAUGGAGCCCAGUAAGUGCCAAGCAAAUUUUGUACUUGAUUUUUCCUUUCUCCUUCUUUUUCUCUUGUGAUCAGUAGGGAAAAAAAUCAAGCAAAAAGUCGGGAAAAUUUUGAGAAAAAAAGUAGAGAAAUAAGUUGAGAAAAAAAGUUGAGAAAAGAGUUGAGAAAAAGUUUGGGAUAAAAACUUAAAGGCAAGAAAAAAGUCAAGAAAGGAAAAAUCAAGCACAAAUUUUUCAUGGCACUUACUGGGCUCUGUAGAAGAGUUCACACUAGAACCUAAUGUCAGAUUUAAGUUAGCCUGGGAUCAUGCAUGCUCUCCCUAUAUCUCUUUUAUGUCUGUUGUGGGAAGGAGGCUAUGAUACAUUUAUCAACCAGAUCAUGUGUAAUGUGGAUCUCUUUCUGAUUGGUCCAGACACAAUGCAUUGGGAACAGUUCUGUUUUAUUGGUUGAAGAUUAGGUUUGAUGUUCUUUUUCUCCCCUCUCUUCUCAAAAAGAAAGAAAAAUGUGUUAUCAAUGGUUAGAUUUAAGCCUGACUUGUCCCUCUUUAGUACAUUAUACCAGCAAAUUCAAAGGAUCAGUGAAGGAUUUUAGUCUCCCUUAAGGAUUCUUGUUAAAAGCCACUAUAAUCAAGUGCAUCGCCUGUAGAAAUUAGGGCAGUCAGAUAAAGGCAAAAUCAUUUGUCAUUUUUGUUUUCCUUGUUGAUAAUGAAAAACAAAAAACACAAACAAAAGCAACAGUAACAGUAUAAACAAGGAGUAGAAAAAGCAAAACAAACAUUCUUAAACUAUUUCUUACACUAACAUCAAUCAGUGUUUGUAUCUUGUGAUCAGUCUUAAUAUGCCUCUGGAAUGAGGGGGCGGGGUACUCCCUUUUAGGCCUAGACAGGUAUGUGUCACCAAACAGUGUACGGUUUUCAAGGUCUUUACUCUUAAACAAGGUAUACAAUGUCACUAUUAAGUGUCUUGAACGGGGUAUCUUUCUGGACUAGAUGCCUUGAACAGUGAAAAGCUCCUUGACUCCAAAUCAAAGAAAUAAGAAAAUGUUAAAUUUGAGCUAUAUAAAGCAGGUCUUUUGUCUUAACGAAUGUGGUAAAAUAGACAGAUUUUGACUUGUCUUAAGCAGGGUAGGGCUUGAAAGCUUUGGUGGCGCACCCCCACCCAAACUUCCUUUCAGUACCCCCCUCCCACUGAUAUUCUCUGUUAGUUCUACUGUUAUUUUUAAAGAAAUAAGUGUUGAUUACAUUUUCUUCUGAUGGAUAGAAAAUCUACUCAGUAUUUAUCCCUAAUGAAGAAAAUCCAUGGUUCUUGCUCCAUACUACCUGCUUCAAAUAGCUUUGCUAUUUACAGGUAGUCUGUACUUGUAAAUUAUCGACUUUCAUGUAAAAUAAAGUUUUGUGAUUUACUUGUAUCAGAUUUGACACAAUGCAACAUCUGAACUAGGCCUUGGAGACCCUACUUUUUUCUUUUUCUCUCUGUUUUUGCUAUUUCCAAUAGAUUAAAAAGAUCUCCAAUAAAUGUCACUGUUUUUGUGUAAUUUGACAUGGCAUCUAUUCUCAGUUUUUCAUUACAGUCAAAGCAUGUCAAGCGUUCCUGUUGCUAGUGGACUAAUAAAUUCGUGAAGGGAAAAAUGAUUCGGUUUGUUGAUUCAAUAAUCCAUCGAUUCAUAAAAUGAAUAUUCCUAUAGUCAAAUUGGACCUCGAUUCAAUAAUAAAUUUAGUGUUGAUUUGGUUUAUGAACAAAAUCUACCUGUUCUUUAUUCUUGUCUGUUGUGUUCAAUCAUAUUUGCUUCCCUUUUCAUACCGUUUAUGUUUGCGUUUUCAUUGCCUUUAAUCAAAAUAACAGCUAGAAUAGACAGACCGCAAAUGCAAAAAAACUGAUUAAGGCCAAGGAUCGAAAUCCACCAAUCACUGCACGUACACUGACCUCAGUUUGACCAUCAUGUUUUCUAAGAAGUCAGGUCUGUUGCACUUAUCACUGGCAGCCAAAUAGCGUACAUGUAACAGUUUGUUUGGGUUUGAACUUAGGAACUCGCCCUCACUUGACUUGUUGAAAAAAGGAAGAAAAAACAAAAUUCUGAGGUUGACAAGUGGAAAGUGUCGUUUUUCAAAAAAACAGUAGCAAAGGGAACACUUAUCCUGCUUUGACUUUGUAAUAGUUUGAAAAUGUCAGCAUAACCCCAAAUUGCCCCAGUUCAGUGUAUGUUAAUUCUCUCCAUGUUUGAUGUAGUUGGAAUCUCGGAUGCACCGAUUGGAGAGAAGAAUGGCUGUAAAGAAAAGAAGGGAUGCAAGUGAAGGCUAUGAUGACCUCCUUGAAGAAAGACAAUUAAAACCAGCAACUCCUAAAAGGUAAAGAUAGCCUACAAAACGUUUCUUAAUUUUAUGAAACUUGAGCAGCACAGUGCAGUGUGAGGAGGGGUCAGGUGGGGGACAGCAGAUAAGUGCUCACUUAAAAUGUCUUAGGUAUUUUAAGGUAUGGAAAAUUUUUCCACACUUCAAAGAAAAGCAUAAGCUAGUGUAAAAUAAUACAUAGGUAUUUGACCAUUAUAAUUUUUUUAAUCAUCCAGGUAGGGUAUAGAAAAAAUACAAUAUCUGCUUUGGAUUUAAUUCAGUACAGCAGUAAAUGGUAUUUGCAUAAGGAUUUGCAUGUUAAAUAAUAUUGUUCUAUAAUAAUAUUAAUAAUAAUAUCUGCUUUGUUUUCAAAUGUGACAGUCGCCGUCUAUCUGUGGAGCAAAUGGUGCGAGCCAAGCGAGUUCCAGCCACUGCAUCUGUAACCAUGACAUCACACAUGUGUGAAGACAUUAGCUAUGAUACUCAUUUGAGAACUGAGAUGCUUUAUCUUCACAAUGACUCAGUUGAACUUUCCAAGAAGAUUCCUGUAAAGUCCGUUGCCGAGAAGAGCCAAAGUCAUGUACAAGGUGAUGUAGUUUAUGCUGUAGCAGUUGCUAAGUUGCUUAAAUCCAAAAAUCCUAAAAACCAUCCAUUAAAUUAAGUAAAAACUUUAUACUCUUGUAUCCUGUACUUUCAUAUGUUGUUUAGGGGUCUCAAUAUGCACAGAAGGUCAAAAAAUGUAUGGAAUUUAAUUCUAGUCAUUUGUUCAUUGCUUGAAGGAUCGUAGUUGAUUGUAUGGCUGAUAAAUUGAAACCUGAAUAAAAAAAAAGGCUACAGUUUCUAGUCUUGAAUGGAAAACGUGUCUAGUUGUGCUGCAAAUCACAUUUUAAAAUUUCAAAAUUUCAAACUUUUGUGGGGGAGCCUGCCCCCAAAUCCCCACCCCCUAGAAGUAGGGGAAUAGCAGUCCCUUAUUUAUACAGUCAGUUACUACACUCAAACCUACUUCAAUUUUCGAGCUAUUUUGAGCCAAUUUUGUGAUGAUUUUAAGUAACUCUGAAGCAUUCAAAAUAGUUCGUGCAUGUUAAACAUGCUAGCAUUUAUUGACCCCGCUUGGUGUAAAAAAUUUUACCAUCAAUUUUGGCAUCUAAGCAUGGCUAUGUACCAGAAAAACAUUAUCAGAUUAUUUUGUUAACAAAAGUAUGCUUGUUUAAGUUAACAUUUUAAGCCUGAUACUGUUUGGUGACCUUUUGCAUCUACGUUUUUCAAACAACACAAGUUUGCUUAACAGAGAUACUGACCAAUGAUCCACCAUAAUAUUUAUUUAUAGUUAUAAUAAACACCUGAAAUUAAAAUUGAUUGAGAACAUUCUAAAUCAAACUGUGAUUCAAACAAAUAAUUAUUGAAUCCCUUUCAACCUCAUAUUUCAGUGCCAACUUGGCAGAUCAAUGAAAUUGCCCCGUCUGUGACAGUCAAACCAAAGUCAAUAAAAACAUCAGCUGCAGCGACCUGCCAUGAGAAUGUAGAGGUAUGAUAAGCAAGGCUGUGCUAAGAGAAAAAUAGAAAGGGGCUCACAGGGAUGUAGCUAAGGAAACGAUAAGCAGGCUUUUGUAUUAGGCAAGCUGGCUUUUUUACUCAACUGCAUCUUUUAAAUUUCCAUAUGCCUUUGUUUUCGUUUGCAGUUAGAGCUGGUGGUAAGCUCUAUUUCAGCUGGUGAAAUAGUGGGCAGCCAGCUAUCUGUAAGCCCAGCGCUCUGAACCUGUGAAAUCCAGGGUGCCCAGUGAAAGAUUUCUAUGAAAAAGCUAAGAUUUUGUGGUCACCCAGGAGCAGGAGUUAGGGGCCACUGGGCGCUGCCAGGGCAUAGCCUCGAAAGGGUUACAUAUUGAACUUCAAACAGGCCAGGGUUGCCACGGUCAAGGAAAAGUCAGGGAAUUUUUUAAGUGUCAGGGAAAAUCUUUGAUAUUGUCAAAGUCAGUGAAAAGUGAGGGAAUUCUGUUUUCCAGUUUAUAGUUCAUAAGUUUUCUUCAAGAUUUUGAAAUGUAUUUUCUUUCGGAAAAGACAAAAAGUAUGCUGAAAAGCAAGCAAAGUGAUCAAUUUGACACUCUACGUCUGACACAUGUAGUAGUUGUGGUCAGUGGUUUUCGUUGUGAAUGCUCUCUUCCAAAUUCCUUCUUCUGAGGGUUAUUUUGCAGCUUAAAAAAUGCCCAAUUUGUUUUCUUUUGAUCUCCUUGAUCAAAAAUAAGUAAUUCAGAAUAAAUAUUAUUUUAUUGCACAACUCCAAUAGUUUCUUACUAGCCCCUCAACAGGUAUGUCACAUUUGCAAGGUAUUAACAACUUCUCUUCUAACAUAAUUGCCACAGUUGGGCAUAACAGGAAACCUUUCUGUGGGGGUCACUUUUUAAUACUAGAAUGGAAUUAAGUUGAGUUACCUGUAUCUUCAAUGUUUUCUGGUUAACAGGUUGUUGAUGAUGAAGUGUUUGCGAAGCGGCACAUGAAACAAGAACUUGAAGAGAAAAGAAGAAAAAGGUAACACUUUGUGUUAAUUGGAAAUUAUUUUAUACUAUGAAAAAGGUGUCCAUAACUGGGACUGUCCGCUUACGGGAAUGUAAAAAUACAGAGUUUGUAUGGGAGUUGAGAAAAACCUUGGUUUGUGAAGGUGGCCAUUAGUAGAGCUUUCCACUUACGAGAGUGUCGGUUGGAGAGCUUCCACUGUCUUGAUGCAGACUUGUCACUAUGCAAGUGAGUAGAGGAAGCUUGGAACCAAACAUGUAAGCCCAAGACUUGGCAAAAAUGGCAAAAGCCACAGGUUCUUCACAAAAAUCAACGAUUUUUGUUUGGUCAAGAUAAUAAAAUAUGUAGGGUGUUUGACUGUAGUAUUAGUAAAUUGAGGGGCCAUUUUUCUUCCUUACAGAAUGGUAAGUCAAACAGCACUGCCAUUUUGGAUUUCCAUUGCAUGCCAGGGGUGCUAGGUGAAUUCUGCCUUUGAACAAACUUGAUGGGUGAUGUUACAUCCAAACUUGUUGAAUAACUGGGCCGGGAGUGAGGCUGAUAUUGAUGAAAUUAUUUGCAGUGUUUAAUGGCCAAUAUAGUUGGUAAGGAUUUAUUUACUUUUCCAUUUUAGGUGGGACAUUCAACAUAUGCGGGCAAUUCAAGCUCAUCAAAAUCUCGAAAAGAAAAGCAGAGAUCGUGAGGAAGCAAGAUUGAAGGGGAAAAGAACUGGAUGUAAAAGCGACUGUGAAAAGAGUGUUGAGUCUUUUCUUCCAUGUCCGGAAGAAGGUAUGCUAAGAUUAAGUUAGUUAUUGGAUAAGUGUCCUUGUCAAAUAACUUUGUUUGAUCAGGAACGUUAUUUUUGGUUUGUUAGUGCAUGCAUUCAAGGACAUUGGACGCAUGAAAGUUGGCUCAGUUUUUCACUUUUGGUAUCGCUAAAACUGUUCAUGUAUUAAUGGUACUAUAUAUCUUGUUCUAACUACCCGCCUCGAUUAGCUAUUACUACUUAUGGGUAUAUAAUAAUUUUCUACUUUUCUAAUUCAUGCUAUAAUAAGUUGUUGUUGCUGGAGAUUUUACAGCAUGUGCUAACACAGGUAUUUACUUGUGUUGCAGUGAUGGCAGUGGAGGUAUCUGAUACUGUUCCUGUUGUUGCUUUUGGAUUUCCUGUCCCACUUUUCCACAGUAGGUAAGUUCAAUAGACUGCCACAGAGCAAAGUAACUUCUUAUAUUAUGUUUGAUUUGCUUCUCAAUAUGUACACUUGUAUGUAAGUUGGUGUAUGAGUGCGCUUGCAUUGACUUACGUGGAUAAAGCUGAAAGCAUAAGCUUAACACUUUCUCUCAGCUAUGGUUAGUUCAGAAAAUACUCUCUUGUAAAUCCAUGACAAUUUGACCGCUCAAGUCUUUGAUAAAAUACGACUGCUAGGUACAUGUGUAGACAGACUGCCUCCACAUAAUCUACUGCAAAUUUGUGCAAAGUCCUCCACUUUUUUGACAGUUAUCAGCAAUCUUAAUGACAAAAAUUCAAUUAGCACACUUACUUAUCCAUGAUUACUGCUAGUUUAUUCUUUCUUUCUUUUUUGUCAUUUUGUUGUGUCCCUAAAUUUGAUAUAUAAACCUUGGUUAAUGCAUAAACCAUGGAUUUACUGGGCUGGCACCCAAAAUAUUAGAUUUGAACAGGGCUAUCACUAAGAUUUCAAGUUGCUGGGUAAUUACGACAAGAAGUGGGGUUCAAUCAAUCAGCUAGGGAAAUCUUUUGCUUCUAUUUUUCUUCUAUUUUCCUAUAGCAGUAGUAGCCGGGGAUCAAGUUCAUAGUAGCCAGGGGAAAUCCUGUUUGAAUAUCUGUAUGGUCUCUUGUACUGCGGCAAAUUUACUUCAAAACUAAGUUUUGUGUUCUAAUUUCCUUAAUUAAGGCAUUAGGGUUUAGUCAGGGGAAUUGUACAUGUAGUGUCUGAACUUGCCCUUCAACUUGAACAAUGGCAGCCAAGUGUUGUGAGUGACUUGUCUUUUCACUUGUAGGGAAUUUGAAGUUCCUUGGUUUAGUCUGGAUAAAAGAGAACUUAUUGAAAGAAAAGGAAAAGUAAAGCCUGGAAGAGGUCGUGGAAAAACUCGUGGAAAAAGGAAAGGAUAUUUCUAGAAAGGGUGAGCUCUUAGGGCCUCUGCUCACAGGGUAGCAAACACAUUAAUUUUAGUAAAGAAAAUCCCAAAACUCAGAGCAAAAUUUAAGAAAACGAAACAAAUAUUUCGUCCAAAUCCCUGAACUUCAUCAGCCUCGUGAAUUGACAGGUUGCAUAAGAGAAAAGUUACAGGGUGGGCAUUCACCUUGAAAGUCCUUGAAUUUUAAAAUAAAAAUCAAGGCCUUGAAAGUCCUUGAAAUUUGCAGUAGGUGCUGGAAAGUCCUUGAAUUUCGGUGCUAACUUUAUUCAACCCAGCAAACACAGAAAGACGUUCAGGAUAUUAAAAUUGCUCAUGUCGUUGAAGAACUAAAAAAGACAUAGACUCGCGGAGGCUCUUUUUUGCACCGUACUGAGUCCUUGAAAAAUGGGAAAUGUUCCCUUGAAAGUCCUUGAAUUAUUUGUUCAAAAAAGGGUAUGAACCCUGAAGUUACAUUCUGAAAAUAAGCCCCCGGUUUUAUAGUUUUCAAAGGCCCUUUUUUAGGUUUUUUUUUUUGGAGGGGCUUAUAUUUGGAGGGGCUUAACUACGGAGGGAAAUUUGCGUUUGAAAAUCGAUUGGGCUAACCUUAUAGUUGGAAGGAACUGUUUUUGCUUUGUUUUACUUUGUAUUUGAGGGCCAUUUCCAAGUACAACCCCCCAGGGGGAUUAUAUUUAGAGGGGUGAUUUAACGGAGGGUUUUUUGUGUUAUGAGUUUGGGAGGCUUAUACAUGGAGGGGCUUAUUUUUGGAAUUUUAUGAUUUCCUCAAGAGAGAUUUGUAAACUUGCUGGUAGGUAGUUUCAUUUUCUUAAUUUUUGCUCGGAGUUUUGGACUUUUGUAUACUUAACUUCCAGUUGCAGUGUGUUAGACGGUAACAGGUAAAAUUUACUGCCUAAAGCAACACUUGUUACCGCCGGCAAGGGCCUGAAGGUUUGCAAAAAUUAAAGAGGUACCUUUGGCCCCUAAAUUUCCCAUUAAGGGAAGGGUCAUGUCCUGCACUCAACUACCCCCCUCCCCCUGGGAAAGUGCACCUCUGUGGUGCAUAUUUUUUGCCUUACUGGCUCUUAAUGAUCCCCAACCUGCUGAGCUAAAAUUUAGGGAGAACACUGCAGUUGGCCAGUCAUUUUGACCAGUCAGGCAUGUGGCUUUCAAAUAAAUACCAGGAAAAAUACACCCAAUGCAAAAAUGGCUGCUGGAUUAAUAUUCUUUUGUUUAAAUUAAAAUUAGCCUAACUAGCCUCACUUGAGAUAAUGUAUUCUUUUGAAUUUUGUACUGGAGAACGAGACUAGUUAGGCUGAUUUAAAUUCAAACAAAAGAAUGUUAAUCUAGCAGCCAUUUUUGCAUUGGGGCUAUAAAUUUACUCAAUAAUGCUGUAAAUUUAAUAAUUAUAAAAACAAUUUAGUCAUAAAAUGUUUUAGUUGCUUGCAGGUAUAAAUUUGGAGAAUGCCAAUGAGAUGCCAUCUGAUAAUCUCAUUCCGUGGCUUUGUGAUUGGCAAUAAUUAAUGUUUUAUAAUUAAAUUUUAUUGCUAUUUUUCAACAUUUUGACCAGUUCAGAAAUGAGCCUUGGCCAAGCUAUAACUUGUUUGGCCGGUCAACAUGACUGGCCACAAUUCAAAAUUAGUUUGAGCCCUGCCUUGCCAAUAUUUUUCUUUCAAUAAAUAAUAUGUUUGCAGUAUCACUGCGUACAAAAAUAUGAAUAAAGACAUUUUUAACAGUUUCCAGCUUCUCAUUUGGUCCAAAACUAGGAACUAUUUUUGGUGUACUUUGUUUUUGUUGUGACACAGAUUUCAUUUUUUUUUUCAGGAACCAAUUUUUUCUUGGGAUUCUUAACCAAACAGCAAAAUUCAUGGAAAUGGUUUUCACAGCAUUUUGUCAGUUCAUGAGAUAGUUGUUUUAAAGGAAAACUAAUAGGGAGAAAAAAUAUGUAUUUUAAUUUCAGACUGUGUAAAAAUGUCUUCUCUGACCUCAUAAAAAGGUUUUUCUUGAGGAAGAACAGGAGAACGAACACAGUUUAUUUUAAUUUCUGAUUUUUUUCCUUAAAAAAAAGGAUUUUAUGCAAACAAGAUAUUGUAUUAUGCUGAGAUUUUCAUGUAAAACUCUAUGUGUAUAUACAACCUGUCAUUUGAGUUUAACAGUAUUUUAGACCAUGUUCAAGUAGACUACCUGACAGUGGCCAUCAAUUCGCUGUUGUGAAAGUGCUGUGGGAAGCUGUGUUAUGUUAAAUUAACUGAAAGAUACAGCUUCAAAGACAAACAAU